AUGGCGGCGGCGCGGCGGGUGCAGCUGGCGGGGCCGCUGCUGCUGCUGCUGCUGCUGCUGCUGCUCGCUGCGGCGGGGCCCGGCGCUCGGGCCGCGCGGGGCCGCGGGGCCGACCGCCAGAACAGCCUCCGCCGCGCCGCCAGCGGCCUCUACCAGGGCGUCAGCGGCCUCUUCGGCGAGGACAACGUGCGGGCCCUGCAGAAGUUUUUCUCAAGGUUGACAGAGAGGUUUGUGAAUGGGGUGGAUGUAUUAAUGGACACAUUCUGGAGAAUAUGGACUGAUUUGUUAGAUGUUCUUGGAAUUGAUGCCUCCAACCUGACUCACUAUUUCAGCCCAGCAGCAAUUGCCAACAACCCGACCCGCGCCCUCCUGCUGAUCGGUGCCAUUUUACUGGCCUAUUGGUUUUUAUCUCUCUUCCUUGGAUUCUUCUUCUAUCUCCUGCACAUGCUGUUUGGCCGCUUCUUCUGGAUCGCCAGGGUCGCGCUGUUCACGCUGUCGUGCGUCUACAUCCUGCAGAAGUACGAGGGCGACCCGGAGCACGCCGUGCUGCCGCUCUGCUUCGUCGUGGCCGUCUACUUCAUGACGGGGCCCGUUGGGUUUUACUGGAGAAGAAACAGCAACAGCAGCCUGGAGGAGAAGAUGGACCACCUGGAUAGUCAGAUCAGACUGCUGAACAUCCGCCUUUCCAGGGUGAUUGAGAACCUGGACAGGGGCAGUGAGCAAUGAACCGGCCCCUACAGACCACUGUAACACCAGCUCCAGAAAAGUCCUAAGCACUGUCUCGUUCGAAGUUACAAAGCAACAAAACAUCACAUGGUAAAAAGUGUGCAAAGUUAUAACUUUUCAUCAUGUGUAAGACUAAUUUAUCUAGAUUAAACACUCAGCCAUUAGACUUCUAGGAGAAAGAAAAACAUUUACAAAAUUCAGCUGUAUAUUCAGAGUUUUAUCCAGUACUAGAAUUUUCUCAGUAGAUAAACGCUUACUUUUACAAGCAUUUAAAAACAUCUUUUGUAAAGUUUUUAUAAAAGCAAAUUGAGUAGUCUUUCAGAUAUUGAAAUUGAGUUAAACAUAUGCAAAUUUGACACUUUAACAGUUAAAAAGAAAAAAAAAAUCUCAAGUUACCAAGCACUUCCAUUGAGAAGUAACUGCUGUGGGUCCGUAUUUUUUCUUCAAAGUUGUGAAUGUUUUUGUGUUUUUGUUGGCUUAUUUCAUUGCCUUGAAGUUGCCUUUCAUAGAGUAUCAGAUGAGGAAUUUUCUGGUAUCCAGGCCAAAAAAUUCACACCAUAGCUUUUAACAGGAGGUGGGGAAUGAGGGAGAAGGAAGAUUUGAAGUCCUUAAAUGCCAGUCCAAUGUGAGAGAGCGCACGUGUGGCAUUUUAUUGUUGCAUUUCAUCUCGAGAACUUUAAUUUGUUAGUGUCUGGAAGGAAAUCUGGUUUAAUAAAUUGGCACAGAAGGAGGACGUAGCGUGACAAAUUGUAAUUCAUAUUUGAUCUGCACAAUGAAGCAUUUUCCAAGCAUAAGUGCAUAGACUAAAACAUGAUUUCUAAUCUCAGGACCCACGUACUUUCUCAGAAAAGGCAGCAGUUAAAACACGUGCAAAUGUAUUGUUGCUUAAAGCUUUCUCAGGACCAAUAAGCGGCAAUAAAUUAUCUUCAGGAAGAUCUGGAUUUUUUUCUAAAAUUAUAAUAGUUUUAUAGGUGCUUUUUGCUUGAAGUCUGUGUCCUCAUUAGGUUUUGGGAAAAGCGAGUCACCUUUAGGAGGAGGGUGUAGGAAAGGGUUCUCUUUCAAAGCGUUGGAGCUUUGAAGCAAUUUUAUUUUGCAGGAUUUCUGUGUUUCUUAGAACUAACGAGCUUGGUAGGGUAUCACUGGCUGUGCACGGUUUACUGAAACGCAGUGAAACAAAGGUAACCUCAGGGAAGGAAGUCUGGGAUGUGAUUUAACCUGGAAACAGCAGCAUCCAAGGAUACAGAUGCGUGGAGGGAGGGGAAGCAUCUACCCCCCAGUGAUGAGCACAGUUCCGAUACCAUGAGGGGUAGGAUGGAGCACAGCUGAAGCACUCCAUAUUCCAUAGGGUCCAAACCAACAACUACAUCAAAAAGCGCAACAAAAAUUGGUCUGUGAUGGGGCCUGGCUACAAAGCAAGGGAACGAGGAGGAGGAGGAGGAGGUUCCCCAGGUGUGCCUGCCAGUGCCAGCCCCGGUGGGACAGGCUGGGGCAGCUGAGCACUGCUCGUUGUUCCACUGAGCAGAGCUUUUGUUGGAUGUGAUGCUUAACUGAAUGUAACUGUGGGGCGAAUUCAUUUUUCUCUUUAUGCUGAAAGUUUAAUGUUCUUCUUGAAAUGUGUGUGUUACUUGCCUAACCUCUUUGGGUCUGUGUGUGACAUUUCCACGGGGGUUAUUUUUAAAUCCAUGUUAAUGGCCUUUACUCUGAACGGUGAUCACUUCGGUUCAACACGGUUGAAGUUCAUAUGCACUUGGCACGGUUGGAAUGCAUUUUAAUUUUUUAUGUCACCUGUAAAUCCCCCUGCACCCCAUUUAUCAACAAGUACACGGUUUAGAGUUGUUAACUAACUGGUUAUCACAACUUAAAAUCUUUCCUGUGAACAGAUAGGGACUAUGGCAACAAAUAGUCCACUUUGUCAAGCUGAAAAUGUAAAUUACAGUGAAUUCCUUUUUCCAGCUCAUUUUCCAUAGUAUUGCAGAGUCUUCCCUGUAAACUCAGUUCUCCCCACUGUUAUGCACAGAGGACUGGGCUAAAGCACCAACCUGGAAAUUAGGAAUUGACUAGUAAAGCUUGUCAGGUCUUGAUGUGUUUUGUCUAAUUUGAGACCUGAGGACCAAAGUUUGCAAACCUUGCUCGUGUCAGCAGCUCCAUUGCCUUCUUAGGACAAUGUGCAUGGGUCAGUUUGCAUAGAUUGUAUUUUGUGUAAUCCGUAUUUAACGUUGAAGUUAAAAAUACCGAAUCAUUUAUAUAUUAAGAGCUGUCUAUGGUAAAUAUUUCUUUAAAAAUAUUAUGUAAAAGUUAAUUUGGAUUAUAGUUUCUCCCUGUCUCACUCUAAUAAUUUAUCUUAGUUUUGUAAAAUCAGCCCUCCUAUAUUAAUACUCUUGGUUUUGAUCACCCUGCUGCUUGAAAAAUGGUAUUUUUAUAUUUACUUGCAUCCCAUGUAUAGCAAAAUGUUAUGUGAAAAGCAGUAUAUAUAAAAUUGGGUAUUUUUAAUCAGUAUUUUUCCCAGCACUCAGUUUUCACGUUAGUCAAAUUCAGAAGUAAUGAUUUUUUUAAAGCACAAUCUAAUCUUCAAUAUAUAUAUAUAAAUAUAUACUUUAAAAAUGCUCUGUAUUUUUAAACAUGCACUGUAGUGAAAGCGCUUUUGGGACAUGAAUGUGGUAUUGUAUUUAAUCUCUUUCAACUUUUGUAAAUACCUUUUACAAAUAUUUUCCAUACCGGCCCAUCUAGUUUAUCCACGGAGGUUUUUGCUGUUUUUUUAGAACCCCGUGCCAGCGGCUGCACUGCUUUUGUAUCGCCGCUGGCAGGAGCAGCGCAGAGACGGGCGGGUCUCGGUGUCACCAUCCUGAGCCCGGGCGGGUCUCGGUGUCACCAUCCCGAACCCGGGCGGGUCUCGGUGUCACCAUCCUGAGCCCGGCAGGUGUCGGUGUCACCAUCCUGAGCCCGGGAGGGUUUUGGUGUCACCAUCCCGAACCCGGGCGGGUCUCGGUGUCACCAUCCUGAGCCCGGGCGGGUCUCGGUGUCACCAUCCUGAGCCCCGGGCGGGUCUCGGUGUCACCAUCCCGAACCCGGCAGGUCUCGGUGUCACCAUCCCGAGCCCAGUGACAGCCGCCGGGGGCAGGGAUGGCCCCGGACAUCCCCCGCAGCUCCUCGGCCCGCGCUGACCUGCUGGGAGCUGUGAGAGCGGGGACAGCCCCGCUGGCUGCUCCUGCAGGACCGAUGCCGCUCCUGGACCUUCCCCGCGCCGCCGGAGAAGCCGUCGCUGUGUGAGCCGCUGGCACAAGCGCUGCGGACCGGGAACGCCCCGGGGCUGAGGGUUUCACCUGCCUGCUUCGGGAGCUCGCCUUUGGAACUGCUGCGGUGCUCCUCCCGCUGUCGCAGAGCAGCUCCUCCGGACGCACACGCCUGUGGAUAGCUGGUGUGUCCCAUGGAAUGUGACGCUUCCCCAGUGGUUUUGGGUGUCAGAGUGCAGUGUGCACACCUGGUGUGGCUCAGUGCUGUGCUUAUAGCGCGUCCUUCACUUUGUGAUUUGCUUCUCAAGACUCGUCGUAUCGUCGGUGUGGAAAAUAGACCAGUAUCAACCAUAGCUCUUCGGUGGUGUAGAAGUGUUUUAAGUGUGGUUUGCCUCACAUACUGAUCCGCAUUUGGCAGCUAAUGGCGUUCAGUGACCAUGAGUUCUCUUUGUCUGGGUUGGAAAAUAAAAGGUUUUAUUGUAUCCGCAUGUAUUUUAAACUUUUUGGAUGAUUCCAUCGACCUGUGAUGACAGCACAUGUAAAAACCAAUCUUUUCCUUUUAAUCAGAAGUUAUAUUUGCUGUGGUAGCACUUGUUGUUGGCACUGAUGGUAGUGAUUUCACAUCCUAUUCUGUACAUCAGGUUUCAUGGUUACAGUGUUUAAGUUUGUGUAAUUGUUUAUGUAAAAAUGAUUUGGUCUGAAGAGAGGCCAUGUGUUCACUUCUGAUCCUAGACACAUACAAGAUCCUACUGAUAAUACUGUUAAGUAGCUACAAACAUACCAGAGUUAUUUUUUACAGAGCUUUACAUGCCUUUAUUUAUUCCUUUAUCGGACCAUCCAAACCGUGUACUCCGUAGUUCAGUAUUUGUAGACCAGUUUCACAAAUCAAAUUAUGGUAUUGUGGCAAAGCUUCAAAUAAAUGUUUACUGAGACUUUGCACUGA